AUAAUCUAUUGGAUAGAAAUUCUCUCCGAUCACAUCAUAAAUUGAAUUCUAAGAUAAUAUCAAAUUGCAACAAUUAGGAAAUUUGGUGAUGAUUCAGCAUCCAACACUUUGUGACUUUCGUCUUGUUGUUCGAUUCCAUAGUUAGCGUUACAUUAGGGCACGAUUGAAUUUUAGGCGCGCUUUCAAACGGCCAACGACUCAUAGUUUUCCCCCAAAGUUUCCUUCGCAAAAAAAUGUCGUUUCUCGAGGACUUUCAAGCCAGUUUGGAGCCAUUGCCAAACAUUUUACAAAGGAAGUACGCAUUAUUACGUGACUUGGAUAAAAGUUUGCAAGAUAUUCAAAGGCAAAAUGAAUUACAUUGCCUACAGGAAAUAGAGGGAUUUAAAGAGGGAGUUAAAUCUGGAAACAUUGCACCAGGUACUUCACUUAAUAAAUUCUCAGAUGAGGCACAAGAUGAGCAAAAACAUGCUAUCAGAAUUGCUGAUGAAAAAGUUGCUCUUGCUGUUCAAGCAUAUGAUUUGGUGGAUGCUCAUAUUCAACAACUUGAUCAGUAUCUCAAAAAACUAGAAGAACAACGCCGUGAAAAGGAUAAUGCUGCUGCAGCUGGAUCAACUGGUUUGAACCCUGAUGGCAAUGGGAAAACAGGAAAGAGUGAAGGUGGUAGAGGAGGACGAAAAAAGAGUCGGGUAGGUGGGGCAGCCGCCACAGCGGCGGCAGCAGCUGCAAAUGCACCGAGUAUGGAUUUGGAUCUACCCGUGGAUCCUAAUGAACCAACAUAUUGUUUCUGCAACCAAGUGAGCUAUGGGGAGAUGGUGGCAUGUGACAAUCCUGAUUGCAAGAUUGAGUGGUUUCAUUACGGGUGUGUUGGUUUGAAAGAGCAACCGAAAGGGAAAUGGUAUUGUAGUGAUUGUGGUGGGAUGCAAAAGCGAAAGGGUAAAUGAGUAAUUGAACUCAAAGGGUUUGUUUGUUUAUGGUUUGUAGGAAGUGACUGAAUGAAAUAAGUCAUAUUUUGUGUGGUCUUGUAAUGUUUCAUGUUACAUUUAGUCUUUAGGGAUAACUCUAGGGAUAAAUAGAGUUGAUUAUCUUUAUAGGUAUGCUUGAGACUUCAUACUUCAUAGAAUUUUAAUAUGCAUUUUGUGUUGCAUAAGUGCUUGUGGAU